UUACAUUGUUAUUUACAAAUCUUAGGCUUUAGAUUUUUUUCAUUUUUUGGUUUUAAAAACAAGCUGAUAUGGGAUUCCAGGAAGUUAACGGCAAGACUUUCUCGGCGGCGACUUGGGCCUUGGCUGCCAAGCCAUGCGACUCCUGCAAGUCCGCUGCCGCCCUACUUUUCUGUCGAGCGGAUUCCGCCUUUCUUUGCGUGGGUUGUGACUCCAAGAUCCACGGUGCCAACAAGCUGGCGUCUCGCCACGAGCGCGUCUGGAUGUGCGAGGUCUGCGAGCAGGCUCCUGCCAGCGUCACCUGUAAGGCCGACGCCGCCGCCCUAUGCGUCACGUGCGACCGCGACAUCCACUCCGCGAACCCCCUCGCUCGUCGCCACGACCGAGUCCCGGUGGUUCCGUUCUACGACUCGGCCGAGUCCUUGGUGAAGUCUACCGCCGCUGCUGUUGGGUUUCUCGUCCCCGGCGCCGCCGGGGAUGAGGAGGACUCCGAGGCUGCUUCAUGGCUCCUCCCGAACCCGAAACUCCCCGAAGGACCGGAGGUGAAGUCCGGCGAGGUUUUCUUCUCCGAUAUCGAUCCAUUUCUGGAUUUUGAUUACCCGGAUGCGAAAUUCCCACACCAUCAUCACCACCACUGCGGUGGAAAUGAUGGUGUAGUUCCGGUUCAAGCCAAAGAUCCCUCACCUCCGGUCACGAACCACCCUGCUGACAAUUGUUUUGAACUGGAUUUCUCUCGAUCAAAGCUCUCUGCCUACAACUAUACAGCUCAAUCUCUAAGCCAAAGCAUUUCAUCUUCAGAUGUUGGGGUUGUCCCAGAUGGGAACUGCAACUCCAUGUCUGAUACAUCCUACCCUUCGAUGAAGCAAGUGAGCGGCGGCGGCGGCGGUUCUACUGGGAAUCAAGCGACCCAAUUAUCUGGAAUGGAUCGCGAAGCGAGGGUGUUGAGGUACAGAGAGAAGAGAAAGAACCGGAAAUUCGAGAAAACCAUCAGAUACGCCUCCAGAAAAGCCUACGCCGAGACGCGUCCAAGAAUCAAAGGCCGUUUCGCAAAGCGAACCGAGAUGGAAUCGGAGAUGGUUGAUCACAUCUACAAUUCCGCCUCCGCCGCUGCUUUCAUGGUGGACGCCGGAUACGGCGUCGUUCCGUCCUAUUAAUUUUUUUUUUUUUUUUUUGUCCCCUGAAAUAAUCAGGUGUGCUUUGAAGGCUUUUGGUGUCUUAUGUUUAAUUUAGUUUCGUUUUUUGAUUAUCGAACCCUUGAUUCCAUGGAUGAGAGUGUGGUGUAGAAGAAGCAUGAUGGUAGGCUUUUUCCAUCUCAAAGUUGCUCUCAACAUCCCCCAUCUACUGUGUUUUUUCCCUCUCUUUCUCAAGGCUUCUGUAACACUCUGCUGUUAGUAAACCUUUUCACUUUUGCCUUUUCUGAUCA